AUGAACAACUCUCCGUUGAAUUCUCCCUCAAAUUAUAACAGCCUUCCAAGGUCGGCCAGUUCUUUGAAUGGGACAUUACCUCGGAAUAUACCUGCUAAAGGAUUUGGAACUGCAAAUUACAUGCUGAAAGAAGAAUAUGAGAGGGAUCGGGUUAGAUGGCAGCAAAAGUUGGAGGAGGCUGAGGCAAAGUUAGUUGAAGCGUCCAUUCAAAAUACAGAAUUAAGUCAGAUUAAAGCUCAGUUGGUAAGUUAUCAGACCUCUAUUACCGUCAUUUUGCUUUGAUUUCUAUCUAAUUCGAAUACUUUUUAGAACAAGAAGAUAAUUGAUAUAGAAAAGAACCAAAAGCCCUUGAUAGAGUACAAUAAACGGCUGGCCGAGCGGAAUAAAACUGCCACGGAACAGUGUAAAGAGCUGGAAGAUACGAUUGCUUUUAUUCGGGACGAAAAUUUAACUUUGGUAUGUUUAAGAUACGUCUAUCGUGGCAACAACAUUUGUUGGAGAGUUGUUUUACAUAAUAUUUUUUUUAGAAAGACUCCUAUGACCGUUUGGCCAAGGAUAAUGCGGCUUUAAAGGAGCAGCGGGCCUUUCCUGAGCGUCUAGAAGAACUUGAACGGUAUCGGGCUCAAGUUCUCGAACUUUCAAAGUGCAUUACAGCCCUUAGGGCGUCUAUUCAGGUUGGUCUUGAAUUAUAGUUUUAUAAUUUUUAUGUUGAUACAUGUGAUUGACGUCAUUUUAACAACGAUUUGAUAAUUACAGUAAUAUUUUAAGUUUUAAUCUUCUGGAUUGCUGUUGUUUUAGGAGAGAGAUCGUCGGCAUGAAUUGUUAGUACAGAAGUUUAGAAAAAUUAAGAAAACGUUGGCGGCGCGGAGGGAUAAUGAGGAUGACAGGAUAAGUUUUAUCGGCUCGGAAGCUUCGACUGGCUCCACAAUUGCGUUGGAUACAAUUGCCGAGGAUUUGGACGAGGUAGGAUCUUAUCACAUUUCCAAGAUUUAUUAUAAAAUACGAGGCGUCUUCUUGAUGUCAAAGGUAAAAUUUCUUUGCUCUUAAGACUUGGGAUUGCACUUUAAAUCAAAAAAGCCUAGAAAAUCCAGAAUCUGCGACAAAAAACUCUGAGAAUCGCCGUUCAUCAUGAAAAAAGUAACUAAUUUGAGGCAACAAAGCCAUUCAGCCGCGAAUUUCCAAUCUCCAGCUGAUCUCAGGCUGUCCUUGAAUCGCAAGUUUCGCGAAAAGAGUGCCAGAAUUAAGGAAACGGAGAGCAGAAUUAAAUGAGACGGUGGAGAUUUCAAGAACUUUUCGGGGAUCUUCGGGGGAAAGUUACAAGGUGUUCUCGGGGGGUGUUAAUUAAUUAAUUAUUCUUUUUAUGCCUAAUGCAAAUCGGGAAAAUAUGAAGAUUUGUUGCGAUUGUUGCGUUUUCCUUUGAUAAUAGAUUAUUGCCCGUAUAUGGUGAGAGUUGUGAAAGGACUUUACUUACUUUCAUUACGUUUGACUUUUAAUUUUCGCGGGUUUCCUAAGCAAAAAUCUGCAUAAUCCGUUUUAUCCAAACAUUUCGAACAAUGAAAUGACAAAUUAUGCAAAUUUAUCACUCGAAACCUGCGAAAAUAAAAAACAAAUAAUGAAAGUUUGGAUCUUUUAAUAGGCCAAAUGAUACGACCCAAAACAGUAAAAUUAACGGUUUAGCGCUAAAAGGUGAGCAAAUCGUUAGUGAGUAGAGCUUGACGUUGAUCGUUAUCGGCACGCAUUUCCUUCUGAUUCAUUGUUAUUCUACAAAAACCCUUCAGAGGAUGAAUAAACCCAAGAAUUCUUGAAUUUUCGGGUUCAAAAGACUUUGAGAAAACCCCAAAAUAGAUUUAUAUAUUUAUAGUCAUCUUUAAGACUCUUUUUAUCCCAUAAUUUUAUGAGUAAUCCAAUAACUUCCUCAAAUUUAUGCUAAUCGGUGCCAUUGUUUUCCCAAUCUCAAUCUUUUCCCCAUAACUUUCAAAACAUGUCAAUUACAAGUUGAAAGCACUCAUUUUUAGUGUAAAUAGCACUACUUUACAACCCCUAAUUUUAACUUGCAUGAUGCCAGAAAUGCCAUCCGAGUUUUUAAGUUCCCCCUGGGUAUACCUACUCAGUAUUUGUACUAAUAUGGAUCUCCAAAAAGGGAAUAUAAUUGCUGUUUCCGGUUAGUACGUUCCUGGUUCGGAUUUCAAAGGCCUUGUGAUGUUCGGAAAACGGGGAUUUGUUUAUUUACCAACAUGUUUUUUGGGAAACUUGCAAAGGGUUCUCGGAUCCGAAUUUUGACAUUUUUACUGUAGCUCUAAGUUUUUGUGACUUUUAUUUUCAGUUUUCUCGACGCGAUUCAUAUUAUUCAUCUUCCUAGUAGUUUCGAAAUCUUUCAGCCAAAUGCUGAAGCCCACACGAAUCCCAACGAUGAUCCCCAGGGUAAGGUGAAUGACUAGUAAUAAGGCCCUUUAAAAUAUAAACCCCAGCCCAAAGCAUCCAAUUUUCGUUAACAUAAACCCCCGAGAACGCCGGCUAUUACGUAUAAUAUUGGGUCUGAGCUCAGUGGUCAGGAUGUACCGGGCGAUUUACAAUUGGCGGCCAAGAGUCCGGUUUAAGAUGGUUGGUUUUGUUUGAUACCAUAUCAGGGCUAUGUGAAAAUAAUUUGUAACCUUAGCCGAAUCCAGUUUCAGGUAUAAUUAGAGCUCUAAUUGCUCAUUAUUACUUUUUACAAACCGCUGGAAACCGUCGGAAAAAGGUUUUGACUUCCCGUUUCCCUCCGGGUAAAUGCAUACUUUGUGUAAUACCCGCAAUUUCUUUCCAUAAACACUGUCGGCUCAACGGGCAUUAAUCGGUCUUUACGGGCGGAUAUUCACUCUAAUCGCGGAUAGGUAAAUAUCGGCGGAAUGGCGUAUGGGGAGAGACUUGUUUUUGUUUAGGAUUGUGGAUUAAGGCACAGGAGGACUGAGAAAUAUAUCUAAUGUACGGAACGUAAUUGCGUUUGGUGAUCUCCGAGGACUCUUAAAAUAUAUUUAUUACACUUUAAAGCACCGGUAUGCUUUACCUUAAAUCUGCCGUGAUUUUAAUCGGCCAGUAAAAACUUAAGCUGGCAACUAAGACCUAUUUUUUUUGUUAAAUCUUCUGUUAACCAAGAACAUUAAGACACUGUAUAGAAAGAGCCCAAUGGUCAGGCUUCUUCAGCCCUCAGAUUCUUGCAGAUACACUCUGCAUAGUGCAGGUACCAUGUAAACUUAAGCUGAAGUCCCUUUGGUUUACGUCAAACUUCUUUCUUGUCUACCCGUUUUUGACGGAUUCAAAAGAUCCUGGUGGAUUAAUAUCAACCUUUUCUUUUUGUUUUUGAUGUAAACGCCUUUAUUUCCCUUUCGAUGAUGAAUCAGAAAAAAGAAAGGGUGUUCGGAUCUUGAGAAAUGAACAGGGAACAUAGAGAUCAAGAGGCUUCUGGAUCAUCGACGCAAUAUAAAGAGAUAUUAUUUUAAUUGAAGGGUACCGUGGGGGAUAUUCGAUAUGGAAAUGUUGGAGGAUAAAGGGAACAGAGUAAAAUCAAAAUAUUUUAAGCUGAUUUUUUAUAAGAAAAAUAUCGUUAAUGACAGACUAAUGUCAUUUUUAACACGUUUACAAGCGUCAGCAAAAAAUGCUUUUAGAGCGAAAUUAAAAGCUCCUUAACUUUGACUUGUUCGAAACCCAAUUAAAGUUCAAAUGUGCUUGUUUUACUACCGAUCUAAUCACCAUUCUUCCAGGACACUUCCCUUUUGAGCGCCGACCCACCGCAAAUUGUAUUGGAUCAGCUGGAAUCAGCUCAAACCCAGAUCUCCGAGCUUCGCGGAAUCCUUUUGCCAGACACUGUAAGGCAAAAUCCGUACAUAUUCUAAAUGCUGUGAUUUUAAUUUACAUUCCAUUUUUAGCCAGAAAUCACGCACGAAAUCAUGCUUACUAAGGCAGCGAGGAUGAAAGAAGAGCAUAAGAAUCUUCAAGAGAAAGUUUAUAUGCUGGAAUUGGAGCUGGCAAAUGCCAGAGAUACUAACGAUUUGUUGGAGUUUCAGCUUGUCGAAUUGAGUAGUACAAAGGUUAACGUUUUUCCAUUUUUUUGAUGAUUUGUGAGAUUUGUUUUUGUGAGGAGAACAUAUAGUCCUGUCAAAUGUCCAAUGUCAUCAUCCAAAAAAUUAUGGCAGUGUGACUAAAUACUAAAUAUCUUCCUUCCAGAAUCCUCCAAUAUGCCAAGACAAGACCGUUGAGACGGAUGAAUAUCUUGACGAUGAUUUGGAGAUCCUUGAACUAGAGCCUCGCUUGAAUUUUGUGAGUUAUUAUAGUCGUCAUUUUUUUACUAUGUUUUAACGGAUUAUUUUUAAACUUUUAGGAUGAUGAAUUUGUAUCACGUACAAAAACAGCUCUUCGGGGUUUGGAACGGCUAUUUGUUUUGAGCAAAGAGCAAAGGGAGACGAUCCAUUGUGGAGUCUCAUGUCUUGGAGGACUUGAAUAUGUAAGUGUAUUUAUUUUUACGAAUUUCUAACAAUAAGGUUAAAAAGUUAUCAAGAGGGCAUGUAUGGCAUAAAGGAUGCUCAUAAAAAAUACCUUUAAGAAGAAAAACUUGCUGGGAUGUCUUUUGAAACCUUUUUUUGUCUGUAAAGUUUAGCUGGUAAUUGUCAAGGAAGUCGCGUCGGAAACUAGCACUUUUUAUAUCCGUUUGAAUCUUUCUGAAGUUAAAUUAGGCCUUUGGGUCUCUAACUGUUCUAUAUUUUUCUUAUUUCAGAAGCUCUCAUUCGCCCACAACCAACUUAACAUGACUGAAUGUGAACUGACCCGUCUCAAGAAGUCCUACGAAGAACAAUUGGCAGAUCUUCAACGCCAAGUCGACGCCUCAACCGAAACCUCAUCAUUGAAGAAAAAAGAACUCAAAAAUACGAUCGAAGAGUUACGUGAUGAAAGAAUUGUAGUCCAGAAAGAAUGCGAAGAACUCCGACGAUUAAAUGAAGAGCAACAACUGAAACUGGAUGAACUCAACAAGAAGAUAAACGAAAGCAAUGGAUUUAUUGAAGAAUUGAAGAGAGAUUUGGCUGAAGAAAGUCAAAGCAAGACAGAUAUUAUCAAGGAGCUACAAGAAUCUCGACAAAAUGCGGAUAAAUGGAAGCAACAAGUAGAUGUUCUUCAAGACAAGGCCAAUAAAUUAUUUGUUAUGGAGAGAAAUUUGAAGAAUGUGGAGGAUACAAACACGGAUCUGGAGAAGAGAUUCGACAAGGAGUUGAUGCUCAGAAAUUCACUUGAACUCAAAAAUAAACAAUUGAUCAAGGAGCUGAUGGAGGCGAAGAAGGAGAUCGAGAGGUUGGAAGGGGAGAUUCGGCCAAUCGGGUAAGUGAGUUUUGUUCGGGUUUUAUGGAAACCACAAGCUGACUUUUUCAGCAAUGAAAAUUAAUAAUUCUUUCUGCAAAAUAGGGAACGCUGUGAUUCGAAUUGUGGGAUUGGGAGCUUUGUAAAUAUCAUUUUUUUCACACGGAUAUUCACAAUGCACAAAAUCUUAUCAGUCUCAGCAUCCGAAGUUAUGAAACUUUUUUCCGGGAUUUAUUACAUCCAUUAUUCAUUUAAAGCUGGAUUAAAUUCUCAUUAAAAAUUUUAUCUGCUAUUUAUAAUCUCAAUUUUUGAUCACAAUUAGAAUGUGAAAAUUCUAACAUUUCCAGCUUUUACUGCCUAAUACUUCAGCUUUUUUUAGCGCACCAUUGGGCAACCAUUCUAUUCUGUAACUCUCACUUUUACACCCAUUAACGCAAUUAACAUUCUUUAUAACUUUCGGUUUUACUUAUAACUACCAUAAGUACUGUUUUCACUUUGCCAGUUGACACUUUAUUUAAAACCACUUGUAAAUAUGAAAUAUUAUACCUCAUCACCCUCAAAUCCCCUGACAUUCCACCCUCAUUUCCCAUUACAGAACCCAGUUAGAGCGGCGUUACGAAGAGACCCGUUAUCGGUUGGCCGAAGCGUUGAAAAUGGUUGAAAAAUUGGAAAGUCAGCUGUCGAAUUCGAAUCAAGUUAUUGCCGAGAUCAGAAAAUCAGAUGGCAAUGGCGAAAAAAUGGCUAGGGAAAUUGUCCAAUUGAAGCGUUAUAACGACGAAUUAAGUGCCCAAUUCAACACUCAGAUGGAUCUUAUCAGCGAAUUAAAGAAGAGAUUCUUGAUUGUGUCGCAAAAGGUAGGUGGAAUGCUGAUGGGUAAUAGGAGCAGGUUGUACAAAAAUUUUGUUUUAUGUUUUGUUAGGAAAAAGCCAUUUUUUGUUUGUACUAUUAUAAUUAUAAUCAUCAACACGACCCUCCCAAUUAAUCUUCUAUUUAUUUCCAGACGCAAGGGAAAAGCGAAUCCAACGAAAGUAUCAGUUGGACAUCCAAGAGUUCCUCCAUGGACGAUGAGCAAUACCAUUCGGAAGAAGGAGGGUCCGAGAAGAGUCAUCAACUUCAUCACGGAUCCAUCUGA